CUAAAAGUGAAUAGGUCAUAUAUAUUAUUGUUAUUAUCUCUCCGUUCAUCUAUAUUCUAGCAGACUACAUAAUUGGUCAUAAUAAGAAUUCCUAAGAUGAAUUAUUCUCUCCACUACAAAAUUUGUAAGUUUUCUAAUCUCAAGCUUUUUUGCAUAUAAAACAGCAGAAGUUUGGUACUCGAAGAGGAAAUUGAGUCUUUACGUCUGCUUGAUUAAAGAAGUAGUAGUCAAACAAGCAAUUCGAAAUUAUGAGUCUAAGCUUAUCAUAUCUUGUUAAUCCUCCUACCGAAACUGGAUCGUCAAUUCCUGCUGACACAGACCAUGCCAUUUCUGUAACUUUACCAACAUGGCAGGCUAAUGUUGGAUAUGAAGAAGGAGAUCCUAGCGUUAUUACAAAAAUGCAGACGGGUUAUCCUAGAUUUUUUAUAAAUACGUUUAUUAAAGAGUGUGCCGCCAUAGUUAAAAGGUCGCCUGAGGUUCAGAAGUUAAGCUUAAACAAUUAUGAUACAAUGCUCUAUCCGUCUAAGGCAAUUGGUCAGCAAUGUGUUAAAUUUAUUGCAGAAAAGGCUCAUAUAGAACCAUCGGCCCUUCAUAUAUUUGAUGCUUCUCAUUCCUUGAAAUUAUAUUUGAAGACCUUAGAUCCUCAUCAUAAUAAAGACAUUCUUAUCCCUGACGUCUUUGCCGUUUUAUUUCCUUCCGAUCUGUUUGGCGUAGCUAAGCAAUUUUGGCAACAUACCGGUGAAGGUAUCUCCAGCCGAAGAGCUGUUUGCUUUUUGCAUGCUUAUCGAAUGAUUCAAACCAUUACAAAAGAAGGAUCAUAUAAACAAUCGUUAUCUCAUCUUAAAAGCAAAAGUAGAAGUCGAUAUGCCUCACCACAGGAUAUGGAAGCUUUGCAAAACUGGAUGAGUAGUGAAAAUCAGUCAAAUGAAGCUGAGAUGACUGAUGUUAAUCGUUACUUAGAGGAGCGAUAUGGCCGUAACUUAGAUUUAAGCUUGGCAACUUCUGCUAAGAUUGUGCUAAGAAGGCGAAUUGCUGGAACACUGGAAGAUGAAGUCGAUUUGAAAAAGUCGCUUCCAAGAGAAAAAGAAAGCGAACUGCGGCAAAUUCAAGGCUUGACACAUGAAGAUGUAUACCUAUUCCCUACAGGCAUGAGCUCUAUAUACAAUGCUCAUCGCAUUCUUAGAAACGUAUUGGAUGGUACUAGGAAAAGCGUUUGUUUUGGAUUUUGUUAUGUUGAUACUUUAAAGAUUUUAGAGAAGUGGGGAGCUGGUUGUCAUUUUUACGGACUCGGCAAUGGUUCCCAGCUGGAUGAAUUUGAAAAGCUCUUGGAAAGUGGAGAGAAAGUUUUGGGCCUAUUCUGUGAAUUUCCUUCUAAUCCACUAUUAAACACCCCGGAUCUUGUUCGUAUUCGACAGCUUGCCGACAAAUAUGACUUUGCUGUCGUUGUCGAUGAAACGAUAGGAAAUUUCUUGAACGUUGAAGUUCUUCCCUAUGCUGAUAUGGUCGUAAGUAGUUUAACGAAAAUAUUCAGUGGUGACAGUAAUGUCAUGGGAGGUAGCUUAGUUCUAAAUCCCUUAGGCCGUUACUAUGGAAAAUUGAAAGAGGAAAUGCCAAAGUUAUAUGAGGAUAAUUUCUAUGAUGAGGAUGCAUUAACCUUGGAAAGAAACAGCCGUGAUUUCGCUGACAGAUCAAGGGUUAUUAAUGAGAACGCAGAGGUCAUAUGUGAUUUAUUAUUGAAAAGUCCUAAAGUGAAGCAGUUAUACUAUCCGAAAUACAAUGCAUCUUCUAAAAAUUACGAAAUUUGCAAAAGAAAAAAUGGUGGUUAUGGAGGAUUAUUAUCCGUUAUCUUUCAUAAUCCGUCUGAUGCUCGACACUUUUAUGAUCACAUUCGUGUUGCAAAGGGGCCAUCUCUGGGAACUAAUUUUACAUUGGCUUCUCCGUAUACAAUCAUUGCUCAUUACCAAGAAUUGGAUUGGGCUGAAGAAAACGGCAUCAAUCGAAACUUGGUCCGUGUUAGCGUUGGAAUGGAACCAAAAAAUCAUAUAUCUGCAGUGUUCUCAGACGCUUUGAACUAGAAUAACGACAUAUGUACUUAUUGUUGAUCUUUACAUGUUAGUGUUUUAUGAACGAAUAUGAAUGCAAUGUUAAUAAGAUUCUUGAAUCUGUUAUGAUCGUGCCUUCGUUUUGUCUUAUAUUGAUGAUAUAUGAAUGAAUAUAGUUGUAAAAGAAA